AUGUUUACCGACACAUUUAUGUUUUCGUUAACGGUUGUUUGUGUUGUGUUUACGAUAUGCACAGUUUCUCCAACUUUGCAGGAAAGCUUUUGCGCAUGUGACACUCGACAGCUGAUUUGUGAAAAGUUUUGUGAAUGUGAUACUAGUUGUUCUGUUGAUGAUAGAAAUUCAUUUGUUGAGUAUUACUCGGGAAAGAAGUCUCAUCACAAAAAAUGGUGCAUUCCGAGUUUACUUCAUUUCUCAACAAGCUGCCCCUUUAAUAAAAGUCAAGAAGAUAGAAUGCUUUGUUUUUCUGAUGAAAUUUAUGCCAAAAACAAUUAUUUUACAGCAAAAUAUGUUGCUAGACAAUUUAAGUGGGGACUUGUUUCACCAACUAAUUCGAACCAAUUAAAUGGCUGUACGAAGGAUGGUCUGUGCCUACUUUACAGUAGCAAUACGCUAGGACGCUUCAUAGUACCUAGUGGGUCAGGAUGUCUGACUUCUUUCACCCCAAAGUUUCUACAUAAUACAACCAUCAAAUGUAACCAAAUAUUAAAUCUCACGGAUGGAGUUUCAAGCUGCACGAAAUUACGGAAUAUUUUGACCUACACUGACAAAUUAAAAUUCAUCCGAUUACCGAUAUCAAAAUUUCUAAUAAAUGGUGAGUAUAAUAUAGAGGCUAUUAAAGCCAACAAGAGUGUAAAAUCAAUUGGUACGAUUACUUGCAAAGAUUUGAAUAAUACUGUAAUAUUGUGUCCAAUAUCAUCAAACUUUGAUUCAAACAAGCGAGCAUGCAUGAACGCUAUAACAAAAGUUAUCUACAAUUUUGCUUACGAUGAAAAUGGUUUGACAGAAAUAUCAGUCGAAUUAUUCUUUUCAACCAUAAUGACCGAAGCAUUCGAUCAGUUCCACACAAUACAAUUUAUCGAAGGAGGCAGCUUGCCGAGUUCAGGCACCAUAGUUCAACCAUUAAUCACUGAUUAUCACAGUGGCACUCCAGGUUACCAAAAACUCUAUCCAAUUCGAGCAGGUUAUGUUCAAAGUAAUGCCACCAGGUCGCAAAUAAUUAUGUCACCAUAUCCAAUAAAUCCUUCAGCCUAUCAAGAUGAAUAUGGUGAGAUAAGUUUUGGAUGGUGGCCAAUACCGAAUACUGGUAUUUGUGAGGUACAACCGAAGUUAACUGGUCAAAUCAAAACGGUAUUAUUUGGACAGAAUACCUUCAGUUCAUGUGUACUUAGGUUGAAUGCAUUUGGUACAAAUCUCGUAAAUUGUACGCAACUGGAGACGGAAAUUAAAUCAGUAUUAAAUUUUGGUCAAAUGCCGAUUACACACGUUGGUGUUUGGGGUAACUCAGAAUUGAGUCGCUUGGGUGAUUGGAUAAAAUUAAGUGUACUCAAUGAAGAAGUGGGUAAUAUCACUCUAAAUAGCGGAACAAAAUCAUGGUCAUGUCAGAAUAUUAUAACUGGUCAAACAAUAAACAUUUUUUAUGUCAGAAAAGGUACCGUGUACGAUCCACAGAAUUCUAUUAUUUCAGUACAGAAAAUAUUUAAACGGGGAGUUAUUUCGUACCAAUGCCAAGGUUAUUCGUGUGUAGAUGUUAACUGGAAUCUUGAACAACAGUUUUUCCUCACUACGAAUAUUGUAUUUCAUGAUAUAUCCGUUAGCUAA